GCUUGCUUUUCGUCUGAUGGUCUGGAGCUAGUCAUUCUAUUCUCGAAUCUCGACUCAUCUUUUGCCCAAACCGGUGACUUUACAACACAACCAUGGGUAGAAGACGGUUCCUGAUGUAUUUUUCGUAUAUCGGGAAACAGUUCAGCGGGCUUCAACGUCAAAUAACGAGAGACAGAGAAAACCAACAUGAUGUUACAACUGUGCAAGGUCUUUUAGAAUAUGCAUUACACCGUCUGCGCCCAGAAAAUGAGGUUCAUGUGAUCCCCUCUAGCAGGACAGAUCAAGGCGUUCAUGCACUGAGAUCGGCUGCUCAUGUGGAUUUGGACUUCAAAUGGAAUUUUGACAGUGAUUUUUUGACACACUCUUUAAAUUGCUUUUUCUCUCAAACUGGAGUUGAUGUCAGAGUAUUGGAAACGAUUGAAGUUUCACCUCAUUUUCACUCUCGACAUUUACCACAAUGGCGCCAGUACCUAUACAGAUUCGCAGUUCUCAACAAUGCCAGCUUACUCAAAGAUAAUAAAACCGCAAACAGAUAUGUAGUACCUCUGCCUAUUACCGAAGCUUUUCGUUGUCAUUUUGUGUAUGAUCCACUAUGGGAUGUCAAUAUAGCCAGAAAAGCGACUGAUAUAUUUGUUGGAACGCAUGAUUACACUAGUUUUAUGGCAAGAUCAAAAGGAGUUCCUCCUAAUUUAAAGACAGAACGCACAAUCCUUAGCUGUGAGCUAUCACCAGGCAGGCCAUUUCUCCCUUGUGACAUAUCGAAGAAUUGGACAUUUUGGAAUGUUAGAGUUAGAGGGAGGUCGUUCCUUUACAAAAUGGUUCGAAGAAUGGUCUCUAGCUUACUAGCUCUUGGAGGAAAAAAAAUGUCAAAAACAGAUAUCCGUUAUCUAUUAGAAAACCCAAGCCAAGACAAUUGGCCCAAUUAUAUUCAUACAGUCCCUGGUUAUGCCCUUUACCUUGAGAAUGUAUACUAUGAUCCCAAAGAUUACUGGAUAGAAGCACCUGUCCUUAGCACAUCACAAGAAGGAGAAGAUGGAGAUGGAAUAGGAGAAGGAGAUGAUGAAGAAGAAGAAGAAGAAGAAGAAGAAAUAAGAGAGGGAAGUUCAAUGAAAAGAUCGGAAAAAUGACUACCUUCAUGAUACUUACAAUAUGGUCUUACUUGUCCUGUUUCUUGUACAGAUUGGCAUGAACAAAUCCUCACUGGAAGAACGGUCAUAAUCCUGCUUGAGGUGCUUUCAAAGUAGACACUCUUAGAAAUUUUUCCUUUUGUUCAAGAUACUUCUUGACUGAUUCCCUUUUUUUAAACUGUAAAGUUUUUUUAUUUUUUGUAUUUAAAUAAUUAUUCUCUUGCUAAUGUCUGUAAUGCUGAUUGCUGUGUCAUGUGAUCAUCGCAAUUUUAAACAUCUUCGACGGGUUAGAGAAAGAUUGAAAUUUUCCUAUAAAACUAACUGUGAGCUUACCUAAAAUGUUUUGAAGCUAUGGAAGUGCCAGAAUUUUUUUUUUUUUUCAUAAGCCCUUUUCCUAUUCUUUCCUAGAGUAUGAAGGGUUGACAGAGUCAUUGUUAUUUUUCAUCUGUAAACUGACAACGCUAGAUUUCCUCUUUAAUAUUUUUUUCUUGCUCUUUAGUCGUUUUUUGCUGUUUUUUGUACUGAUCAACUUUCACCAAGUUGAUUUUGAAGACCUUGAAAUUAUGUUAUUUUUGAAGGGGCUCACAGCGAAGAUAUGUUUUAUUAUGCUCUGGAUGUUUUUUCUUACUUCUUAGAAGUCUGUCUUGUGUCUCACAGCCUAAAAUCCAUUACAUAUUAUUCUGUUGAAUCAUA